UAAAUAAUAAUGCAUCUACGGUUAUAAAUUUUUUUAACAAUGUUUUUAGGUCGGUAUGAUCUACACUUGCCGAAGUUGGCAUGCAAGUCAUGUCCAGCCCAGUGGACACCUGACCGAAAGGAUUUAAUACAAAGUGGGUAUUGGCCAGCGUCUGUGAAGAGUGACACAUUGUUUGCAGCUGAUCUGCUUGCAACAUUUGAAGGGAUGAAAACUACAGCACCCAAUCUAUCGAGACAGGGUUUUUUGCGGAUGUUGGAUGGGAGGACUUCUCACUUUGGAAGAACUGGAAAAAUACAUGGAGACAUCUUCCAAAGGAGCUUUUUGGAGUACACAUUCUGUAACUACCAGUGCGAGAAAAUGUCAAGUGUGGAGCACUUUACAUGCGCAGCAUGUACCCAAAACAUGCUGGCGCUGUGUGCAGAUGGCAACAGAAAGGUUUACCGAUUUCGGCAGUCUAAAGGGUCUGAACAACCGCAUUUUGAUGGUGCCUUCAUUGCGAAAGAUGCCGACGUGCACAGUUUUGUUGAGGACAUCAUGAGCAAACAGAAAAGUACGGCUGGCAGAGGAAGCUGCGGGGUCAGUCAGUGGUCCGCUGCCCGCGAAACGGCUAGAAAAGCCAAUAGACUGGACGAGGAGGGGCUUGAAGUGGUCGUUUGCAGACAUGGGUUGCUUCUCAAGGCAGUCAUGUUCAGAGGUGAAAUAUUUGCCUAUCCACUUUUCCUGCAGAAGGAGCUUCAGGCAGCCACAGGCGGGCAGUUCUAUUGCACGGAUAUUGCCUGCAAGUACUGGCCCUACCUUGAGAGAUUGGCAGUCUCCAUGCUGGAACUGACCCCUUUAUUGCAGAUGAGACCAUUCCUCUCCGUCAUGCAUGCCAAAGCCCACUCAACAAAGUGUGAGGUAUUGUUGUCAUGAUACUGGAAUUGUAAUUAUCAGGAAUUGUAAGUAUGGAACAAGGCUUGUUUAUUGUGUGAAGAACAAUAGUAUGUAAGUUAAUUUACUUUUGGAGGUGGUACUAAGUAGGCUUUACAGUGGUGCAAUUUGACAACCUUUGUUUAAGAGGAGGGCGAAAAAAACGCAGUCAAUACUGGUGUAUUGAUACUGAAAAAACCCGAAAGAUAGAGUUUAAACCAUUUUUAAUAUUCUGUAUCGAUAUGUAUUAUAUUUUAGCGCCUUUGACAAUGCGUGUGUUUGUGUUUAAAACUGGACAGAUAAUCUGGAGUGGCAGAAAUCAAGAGGGUGCUGGCACAACUGCAGGAGAAGAGGUUGAAAUGGUGAACAGCUACCUUUCUCGUUGUGGCCUCACAACCAAGUACAUGACCAAAUCUGCCAGGAAUGACAUGCUGACCAUACAUGCCAUUGGGUGGUACAAGCGGAAGCAAGAUGGUCUACAUCUUGCUUUGUCUUGUAGAUAUGUCAAGACACUGCAAAAGGCUGAGGCUGCGUCUCAGAAAUUACGUGAUUUGUGCAGUGACCUUGACUGCCCUGAGGACAUGGUGCACCAGUGGGUAGAGGACGUGAGACAGUGGGCGAAGGCUGAUGCUGUAGGUUCCGGUUCUGAUGACCAGCACCAGCUUCAAAAAUCAAUUGAAGAGAUCUUUCUUGGGGUUCAUCAGAAAAAAGCGAACCUUUACAAUCAGACCGACGGCAACAAAAUUCGUCAUUUAAGGCGAAGAAAACUCUGGACAGAGAAGAAAAAACUCUUCGAAAAAAUCAGGCUUUAUAAUCAGCAGGUGCCAGAGGAGGAGCGCAUUGUUGAGGAGAAGGUGGAAGGAAAGCUGUCAUUGUUGGGGGGAAAUGAUGAGGAAGACAGUCUGAUCUGGCCAUGGGAGAUGCACAGCAGUGGAAUAAGCAAUAUCGCUAAGAAAAAGAGGAUAUUCGAUGCAUGCAUGGCCAAAAUGCGUGUCCAAGAAGAAAAAGUCAUCCUUGUCAGAGAGAUGAGAAACCACUGCGCCUACCUGAACCAGCUGGCUGGGAGCAUCAGGAAAAUGACAACAGAAAUGUCUUCUGGUGAAAGCAGAGGAAAUGUAAGUGAAGAAGGCCAUCGGGGAUUGAUUUGUCUUCUUCGAAAAAGGCUUUUAGAUCUGGAGGAAAAACUCCAAGCUGUGUCUGCAAGGUACCGUCAGGCUUUGGGACCAGAUGCUAAUUCCCUGCUUCAAGAUGUCCCCGAAGAAGACAUCCAAGAGCAACACGAUGACCUGUACGAAAGCACAGACGACAGUGACUAAAAUUAAAAAAAUAAAGCGG